AUGAGGGUUGCCAUCAUUGGAGCCGGAGCUUCUGGCUUGCCUAGCAUCAAAUCUUGUUUAGAAGAAGGGCUUGACGUUGUCUGCUAUGAAAAGACCAGUGAAAUAGGUGGUUUGUGGAACUAUCGUCCUGACAAUCCAGAUGUUUCAUCAACCGUCAUGGAAACGACUGUCGUCAAUACCUCAAAGGAAAUGAUGGCUUAUUCGGAUUUCCCUCCACCAGAAGAUUUUUCAAAUUUCAUGCAUCAUUCGUAUGUUAACAAAUAUAUCCGAAUGUAUGCUGAGAAGUUUGAUUUAUUGAAACAUAUCGUGUUCAAUAUGAGUGUAAUUAAGGCUGAGAAAAACACCAGCGGACGUUGGCUCUUGCACUUGAGUUCGGGGUCAACUGAAGAGUUCGAUAGGCUUAUAGUAUGUACAGGACAUCAUGCUACUCCCAUCUCUGCCGAUAUUAAAAAUCUCAACAUUUUCCGUGGAAAGAUUAUGCACGCUCAACAAUACCGCAACUUCCGGGGGUUCGAGAACAAAAAAGUGGUGGUUCAAGGAAUUGGAAAUUCCGCUUUGGAUAUUGCGGUGGAUAUUGCGAAAAUAGCUAAAUCUGUGACCCUAUCUACCCGUCGGGGAACUUGGAUUUUCAAUAGAGUGGCUGAAGGAGGGAUGCCCUACGACACUAUGUUUAUGACAAGAUACUAUGACUGGAUUAUGGAUACGAUUCCAUGGGUAGUCGCAAACGAUUUCAUGGAGCAUCGUCUUCAGAAGAGAAUGGACCAUGAUAUAUAUGGCCUUCGACCAAGCCAUAGAUUUUUCCAACAGCACCCGACCGUCAAUGAUAGCUUAGCCAAUCUAAUAUCAGCCGGAUACAUCAGUGUUGAGGAAGACAUAAGAGAAAUGACCGAAGAUUCCGUUAUUCUAACCAAUGGGAAGGAAAUUGAAUGUGACGUGCUCAUUCAAUGUACUGGCUACUCGUUCGGCUUUCCUUUCCUGCCCGAAAAUGUAGUCUCCAUCGAGAAUCAUAAAGUUCAGCUUUACAAAUUUGUCUUUCCUCCUGAACAUAACGAUAUUGCCAUAAUUGGAUUAAUACAGCCGAUUGGCAGUGUCGCUCCAAUUGCCGAAAUUCAGUCAAGAUGGGUCUCUAGAGUGUUCAGUGGGAACGUCGCUCUCCCAUCGAAGGAAGAGAUGUUCGACGACAUUACAGAUAAACGGAAAAAAAUGGAAAGACGAUAUUUCAAAAGCGAAAAACACACGAUUCAGGUUGAUUACGUAAAGUACAUGGACGAAAUUGCUGGUCUGAUAGGAUGCAAGCCUGAUAUAUGGCAGAUCGCCCUGAAAGAUCCACGGUUCGGAGUUCGCUUAUUUAUGGGUCCGAAUGUGCCAUAUGUUUAUCGAAUGAUUGGUCCGAACAAGUGGGAUGGGGCUGUGGAAGCAAUUCAUGGAGUCCCUCAACGUGUGAAAAGACCAUUGAAACACAGGGAGUGUAAAAUCCGCCGCCAUAAAAAGAGAGGGACAACAGACGAAUAUUUCCGUUACGUCUCCCUAAAAUGGAUUUGGUAUUUUUCAAUUUGCUUUUUCUGUGGUGGAUUGAUAGCUUUCACAUCUUUCUCAAGCGGAACUACUUUGAUGAUGUAUUUUGUAACAUCCGUAAUCUAUUUCUUGAUGAUGGGUUUCAUGUUCUUAUGGUUCGACUUGCAAUAUGAUUUGUCAACUAUUCUUUAA